AUGGAGCAUGUGCUGAACUCACUGGAGAGGGUCAUUCUCACCAUCUUCCUCUCCAUCAUCAUCAUCAUGACUGUUCUGGGAAACCUGCUGGUGAUGGUGGCGCUCUGCAAGGACAGACAUCUUCGGAAAAAGAAGACCAACUACUUCAUAGUGUCGUUGGCGUUUGCAGACCUCCUGGUUGCUGUGGUUGUCAUGCCAUUUGCAGCCAUUGAGCUGACCACAGGUCAGUGGAGGUAUGGGGAGAUCUUCUGUCUGGUCAGGACCUCGUUGGAUGUGUUUCUGACCACUGCAUCUAUCCUACACCUGUGCUGCAUAGCACUGGACAGGUACUAUGCGAUCUGCUGCCAGCCGCUGGUGUACAGGACUAAGAUGACUCCCGUCAGAGUGGCCCUAAUGCUGGGGGGAUGCUGGGUCAUCGCCUCCUUCAUCUCCUUCCUUCCCAUCAUGCAAAGCUGGCAUGCCAUCGGCAUAGAGGACAUUAUUGAGGAGAGGAAGUUUAGCAGCAGCAGCAGCAGCAGCAACAAGACCAACUGUGUAUUCGUGGUGAACCGUCCGCAUGCUCUCAUCUGCUCCGCCGUGGCCUUCUACGUUCCCCUGGGCCUCAUGGUGCUGGCCUACCAGCGCAUCUACAUCACCGCCAUGGGCCACGCGCGGCAGAUCGGCACGCUGCAGCGGGCAGGCUCCGCCCACUACUCGGCGCCCCCCCAUCACUACCUCAGCUCCGAGCAGCAGGGCUCCAGUCGCAUGCGCAUAGAGACCAAAGCUGCCAAGACCCUGGCUGUCAUCAUGGGCUGCUUCUGUCUCUGCUGGGCCCCGUUCUUCAUCACCAACGUGGUGGACCCCUUCAUCCACUACAGUGUGCCCUGGCAGAUGUGGACCGCCUGGCUGUGGCUUGGCUAUAUUAACUCUGGCCUUAACCCCUUUCUCUACGCCUUCCUGAACAGGGCCUUCAGACGGGCCUUCCUCAUGGUACUGUGUUGUGGUGGUGAGAGAUACGUACGCCAGGGGAGCUACGGCCCCACCAGACGCUACUCUGGAUCUGUCAACGGGACCUCCAUCGCACUCAGGUAA